CUCUCAUUCACAGUCUAACAGUAAACAUGAAGACAUUACAAAUUCUCCUACUAGUUAUAGCACUGGUUGCUUCACAAUCGCCUGACCCUUCUGUAACCGUUCGCCCAUCCGGAAGUGUGACGUUGGGAGGAAUUUGUUCCCACCAAUCGGAUUGCGAUGCCUCGCUCUGUUGUGUUCACAGUGGGUUUAUGGGAAAGAGAAGAAAGCGCCUCUUCUUUGAUGGACUUUUUAAUCACGAUACCGGAAAAUGUCAACCACAUAGAAGACUUAACGAGACCUGUAUGCCUUUUAUGACCCACGACAUCUUUAACCAUGAGUUGUACGAGAGUUACUGCCCUUGCGAAAAAGGAUUGGAGUGUAGAGGACAAACAGUUGAUGAGGCGGAGCACUCAGUGGUUCAUCACAAUCCGCGCUGUCAAGCUCCAGAAUCUUAAAUAGUCCCUUCUGUGAAUGAAAUAAAUAGACGUGACUUUG